UCCCCUCCUCGGGACCCAACGCCCCCCGCCGCCCAGUGGCGGUCUCUCAGUGGCGGUCAAGCCUCGCAGGUCCCAGCCAGGCUCCGGGAGCACAGACGACCCCGGGCGUGGAGCGAGGUUACGCGGCGUGGGCCGCCGCGUCACACCUGUCUGAGGGGGCGGCCGCGGCGGGGGCGGGGCGGGGGCUCGCUGCGCCUUCGACAGCUACGGAGGAGAGGGAGGAGGGAGAGCGCGUUUCAUCAUCAGCGACCGCGGCGGCCACUUAUAAAACUUCUGGGCGCGCACUCGCUCGCGCAGUCUCCGCGCUGCGAGCCUCCUCCCGCGGCCGCGGACACUCUCACCAGCCACCCGCGCUGCAGCCCCAACCCGAAGCGCCCGGACCCUGCCCGCCCCGCCGCCUGCCCGGGCCCUGCAGCCGCCGUCCCGCCCCGCCGGGGCCGCCACCAUGGGGUUCUGGCCCGAGCCUGGCGCGCGCCAGGGCAGCGACGCCUCUUCGGGCAGAACCGGCCGCUGUUCCCGCUCGGUCUUCAGCAACAUUAAGGUGUUCGUGGUCUGCCACGGCCUCCUGCAGCUCUGCCAGCUCCUCUACAGCGCCUACUUCAAGAGCUGCCUCACCACCAUCGAGAAGCGCUUCGGGCUCUCCAGUUCCUCCUCGGGGCUCAUUUCCAGCUUGAAUGAGAUCAGCAACGCCAUCCUCAUCAUCUUCGUCAGCUACUUUGGCAGCCGGGUGCACCGUCCACGGCUGAUCGGCAUUGGGGGUCUCCUCCUAGCUUUGGGUGCUUUCGUCCUCACCCUCCCACACUUCCUCUCAGAGCCCUACCAGUACACCAUGGCCAGCGUUGGGAACAGCAGCCACUUCCAAGCCGAGCUCUGUCAGAAGCACUGGAAGGACCAGCCCCCCAGCAAGUGCCAUAGCACCACCCAGGACUCCCGGAAGGAGACCAGCAGCAUGUGGGGUCUCAUGGUGGUGGCCCAGCUGCUGGCAGGCAUUGGGACGGUGCCCAUUCAGCCGUUCGGAAUCUCCUAUGUGGACGAUUUCUCUGAGCCCAACAACUCACCCCUGUACAUCUCCAUUUUAUUUGCCAUCUCUGUAUUCGGACCGGCUUUCGGGUACCUGCUGGGCUCCGUCAUGCUACAGAUCUUCGUGGACUACGGCAGAGUGGACACAGCUGCCAUUAACCUGAGCCCCGGAGACCCCCGGUGGAUUGGAGCCUGGUGGCUGGGCCUGCUCAUCUCCUCAGGCUCCUUGGUUCUCACCUCUUUCCCCUUUUUUUUCUUUCCUCGAACAAUGCUCAGGGAAGGAGAGAGGUCUCCUGCCAUAGUGGAUGAAGCAAGGAAGAUGGACGAUGCCAAGCCAAGAAGUUCCCUGAUGGAUUUCAUUAAACGCUUCCCCCGUAUCUUCCUGAGGCUGCUGAUGAACCCACUCUUCAUGCUGGUGGUCCUGGCCCAGUGCACCUUCUCCUCGGUCAUCGCAGGCCUCUCCACAUUCCUCAACAAGUUCCUAGAGAAGCAGUAUGGUGCCUCCGCGGCCUAUGCCAACUUCCUCAUUGGUGCUGUGAACCUUCCUGCUGCAGCGCUGGGAAUGCUGUUUGGAGGAAUCCUCAUGAAGCGUUUUGUUUUCUCUCUGCAAACCAUUCCCCGAGUGGCUGCCACCAUCAUCACCAUCUCCAUGGUCCUCUGUGCCCCGCUCUUCUUCAUGGGAUGUUCCACCCCCACUGUAGAGGGUGUCUAUCCCCCCAGGACAUCAAGUUCUAUACAUCUGCAGUUUCCCUCCUGCUACAGGCACUGCUCGUGCCCAGAUUCCGUCUUCCACCCAGUGUGCGGAGACAACGGAGUUGAGUACCUCUCACCGUGCCACGCCGGCUGCACUGGCAUCAACAUCAGCUCCGUGACCUCCAAGCAGCUGACGUAUCUGAACUGCAGCUGUGUGACCGGGGCGUCUGCUUCAGCCAAAACGGGAUCGUGCCCCAUCCCCUGUGCCCACUUCCUGCUCCCAGUCAUCUUCCUCAUCUCCUUCGUGGCCCUCAUAGCCUGCAUCUCUCACAACCCACUCUACAUGAUGGUUCUGCGUGUGGUGAACCAGGACGAAAAGUCAUUUGCCAUCGGGGUACAGUUCUUGCUGAUGCGCCUGCUGGCCUGGCUGCCCUCUCCAGCCCUCUACGGUCUCACCAUCGACCACUCGUGCAUCCGGUGGAGCUCUCAGUGCUCAGGGAGGCGUGGGGCCUGUGCGUACUAUGACAACGAUGCUCUCCGAGACAGGUACCUGGGCCUGCAGGUGGGCUACAAGGCACUGGGUGUGCUGCUGCUCUUGUUCAUCAGCUGGCGGGUGAAGAAGAACAAGGAGUACAACGUGCAGGAGAAGGCUGCGGGCCUCAUCUGACCCUUGACCCUUGGCCCAGCCACUGCCUGCUCCAGAAAGUGGACCCUGCCCCUCCACAACUGUCUGUAUUUACUAAUGUUAACAUAUUGUUUCCGUUUUUUUUAAAUAAGAGAAAACCCCAGUCACCAUUUGCCCUCUCUGCCUCCCCUCCACCCCUCUCCCAUGGCAGGAUUCCUCAGGUCCAUUGUGUACCUGGGCUGGAUGGGCACUGGACUGGAGGGCCAGGCCUUCUCAGCUCCUUGGGAGGCAGCCCUGUGCCCAGGAUCUCCUCGGUGCUGGAUCUCCCAGCAAGGAUGCAGCCCCUGCCCCGCACCCCAGUGUUGUGGGGAAGGCUUGGUUUCCUAAGUGGAGAGAGCAAAGCAUUAUCUCCCCAGAGCGAAAGGGAGAGGGCUAGGUUAUGGUUAACAGCCAGAGGCAGGCUAGGGGAGGGAGGGGCUUGGCUGUAACCCACUUUGUGUCUUGGUUCAGCAUCAGCACAGAACCCAGGAGGGACUGGCCUCCUUCCCCUCAGAUCUUUGCUUCCUUCCCCAAAAGGCCAUUUUGGAAGCUGCCAUGUUGGGGAAUAUGGCCAGCUGAUUCCCUCUCAGGUACCACACACUCGGGUACCAGAGCAGAGACCAAGAUACCCCGAGGGUGGGUCAUCCACAUGCUGUUCCUCUUAACUAGCUUCUUCUGUGCUAAGAAAGCCACACCAUGGUGAAGACCCAAGGAGGGCUGUGAAGUGGUCAGUAGCCCAGCCUCCCCCACCCUCUCUGUGAGGACGAGACUGCUCAACUCAGAGUGACGGGGAAGACCCAGUUUCCCUGGGAGCAGAUGAGGUGGCCGCUCAUGGGCUUCCCUGCUGGACCUCACCCUGUGUGCCAAAGAGUACAGACAGGCAGUCCGAGAUGUCAGCAGAGCAGGCAGUGAAGCUUGGGGCGGGGGUGUGUGUCAAGGUCUACCGAGCUGGAUGGUGAGUCCGUGAAACAGAAGCCAGGGUGGUCGGCUUCUCUGGCUCCAGACACGCCUGUGUUCGUCAAUGUGUUCUCAGCCUCUCCUCACUGCCCCUCCAGGGCCCGGGGUCGAGCAACCCCACUGCUGUGUGGUGAUGGUUCAGAAUCAGAUGUCCACAACGGAGGCCUUUCAUCAACAAGUAUUAUAUUUAUUGCAGACCAGCUUUGUGCAAGGUAGUGCCAAACAUGGCUUUCCGCUGGGCCUUCCUAGGAGCUCCCCUUCCCUCCCUCCAUCCACACGGGGCCUUCUCCCAGAGUGUGCUCGGUGGGCAGCAGCAGGGGAGACCCAGCACAAACCCAGAGACUGUCAAUAGGAUCUUGACCAUCUGUGUCCCACCAGAGGGCCCUUUGCCAGAGAGAGACCUGGCUCACCGCAUCCUCUGGAGCAGCUGGAACUGGUUAUUGCCAUCCAUGGCCCUCUUGAGUGUCACUCUUCUUGGAAGAACCCUCCAGAACCCUACCAGAAGCCGUCUCUGGAAAAGACUCCUGUGGUGGUAAGCCAAACUUGGAUGCCAGUGGCCAAACUGCUAUGAGACUGAAGUCUUUGUGAAAGUCACACUGCUACACGUGGCCUUAUUUCCAAAGAUCUCACUCAGGAAGGGAGGCUCCAUGCAACCUCCGGGGACAGUGACAGCAUUUUAAGAUGGUUCCGCUUGGAAAAUGGUUCCCUGCUAGUCGUCCUGGUCCUCCUCUCUGUGAUGUAACCAAAUUCUGGAGGUACUGCCUUCAGCCAAGCUCAUGAACAAUGAAUGCCAACUUGCAGAUUCUGGAAGACUGGUUGCCCUCCCAAGGCUUUAUUCUAUUAUGAUGUUGCUAUUAAUAUAUUAUAAUUUUGCUAUUGA